GCGCAUCCACACUUGGUGCGCUACCACCAAAUCCGCAUCACAAAAUCCGCAGGCGGAACGACAAUAGAAGUACUGAUGGAGCGCUGUAGCAAUCCACCAUCAUAUGGUAGCAGAGCGUGUCGUCUAUCCAUUGGGACCAUUAAUCGUUUAAGCGGUUAUAAGGAUACCGCAGCAGCAGCAGCAAAGGGAACGGCUAUACGGAUGCCGUCAUCGCGAAAAGAAGAUGGAUCGCGAAAGAAGAUGGAACAAGAAGAACGGCUAUACGGAUGCCGUCAUCGCGAAAGGAAGAUGGAUCGCGAAAAGAAGAUGGAACAAGAAUGUCAGCAGCCAGCCAGCGACGACUACGCCAACUCCAGUCCACAGCAGCUAAAGGACUGCCAGCCACCGAAGCCCACGUGUACCCUGCCACCACAGACGAUGCAGUGAGCUGCUCCGCAGGGUCACCAGUGUCAAUUUGCCCCAAACCCCUGCCCGAUUUUCCUGGGAUGACGACCUUUCCUGGACGGGUGCAGCGGAAUUUCCCCACUGAAGAAGCGUAUUUUGGUGUUUGCAGGGUCACCAGUGUACCAGUGCCCCAAACCCCUGCCCGAUUUUUCUCAGAACGUGACCUUUUCCGACUGAAGAAAAUUGGAAUUUGCCCAGUUCCGGGUUGGACGUCGUCGCAGUCGUAAAUUUCGUCGCAGCCAGUGCGU